AGACAGAGCGAGAGAGACAGGGGGUCCAGCUAAAGAGGGAGGAUUGUUCAACACACUGGGAUUUAGAUACACAAAGUCACAAGAUGUUCAAGAAAAAGGAGUCGUACAGCCCGGCGAAGAUCAGCCAGGACCAGGUCGGUGAGCUGACUUUUCUGAUAGCACGCAUGCAGAGGAAUUCUGACACGGUGGAAAAAAACAUCUUGCGUGCUGAAGAUCUCCUGGCCGCAGACACGCAGAAUGAGCUGAAGAACCUGCCCCUCCGGCAUCAGAAGGAGAAUGCAGAAAACCUGGCCGAGGCAGAGGGCCUACUGAAGGACCUGUUCCUUGACGUUGACAAGGCCAAGAAGCUGCAUCACCCGCAGGCUCAUGAGAUCGAGAGCGACGUCAGCAAUCUCCAUGACCGCUGGUUUAAGGACUGUGGCAACUAUCGGGAUCUGUAUGAGCAGGUGGAAGAUGUGAACCUAAGGCCAAGGGUUGACUGGGGCCAGGUGUUUACUGAGAAACAGAGACAAGUGGAUUCAGAUAAAUAUGGUCCUAACCUGUCUGACGUGGAGAAGCAGAUCGCUGCCCACAACAUCCUGCACAAGGAGAUCGAGAGCUACAAAUCCCAGCAGAAGGAUGCAGCUAAUCAGAAGAAGUAUUUAAACCUGCUGGAGAGCUCCCUAGACCGCCGUAACAACCUGGCCAGCCUGUAUGAUUACAUGAGUAGCUGCAACAAGGAGUUGGCAUUCCUGGAUGACCAGAAUGACAAGAUUGCCACCAGGGACUGGAGCGACCGCAUGGUGGAUGCCCCCAGCGUGCGCAUGGAGUAUGAGAGAUUCAAAAACAGUGGUUUGUUAACACAUGAAAGUGAAGUCAACCAACUCCAGGAAGAGAGAGACCACCUUGUUGCCACUGACCACCCAGCUAGCACAAUAAUCAAGCCUCUCAACGAUAAGGUCCAAAGAAAGUGGAAAGAUUUCCUCAACCUCUGCAUUUGCCAAGAGACCCAUCUGGACAACGUUGAGGAUUACAAGAGGUAUCAACUGGAUAUGGAAACCUUUUCUGAGUCUCUGAAAAGGAUCAACUCCACCUUGGACUCAAAAUUGCUUGGCAACAUGAGUACCCUUGAGAAGCAGAUGCACAUAGAGGGAGAGGAGAGGGCGGUUGAGAGGAAUGAGCAGCGUCUGGCUGACCUGAAAGAACUCAGCACCACCAUUGCCCCACUUCAUCUUCGCCGCCUCCGCCCUACCAAACCAGUCAAUGUGGUUGCCCUGUGCGACUGGACCACAGACAAGACUUCAAUGCAGAGAGGGGACAGGUUCACCCUGAAGUCCAAUAAUAAUGAGGAGACCUGGGAAGUUCAAACCAGCAGUGGCCUGACCAAGGCUGUUCCAUCCGUCUGCUUGCUGAUCUUGCCUCCAGACAGGGAUGCCAUUGCGAGGGUGGAGAGUUUGGGUGACCAACUUGAGGACCUCAAGAGGAGAAGAGCUGCUCUGCUGGUCCCAGUGACACGCAAGUCCUACACACAGACGGUCAAUACGAGUAGCCCUCAGGACAAACCAUUGGCCAACAAUCUCUCAACACGUUUAGACAAGGUUAUGGAGGGCCUUUUGAAGGCAGAGAAGGACACCCAGAAUCGCCUCAGAGCCCCACUGGACCGCAGAAAUCCCACGCGAGAUCUGUCCAACCGAAUCAGCGAACAUGAGAAAACUGAGUUGGCGCUAAAUCACCUGGAGGCGGAGAAGGCAUCUAUUCAGAGGGACAUGCAACCCCUCCUGUCCCAGAUUCCCCUGGGUCCAGUCACAUCAACGCUACCUACAAAGCUGAGUGCUGUCAACAACAAGUUGGACAACGUAUCCACUCUUUCUGACAACUACAAGAAGAAGACCAACGCAGCCAUGUUCUUGGAGAAUCAGAUUAAAAAAGUGGACACCAUGGUAUCUGGAUUCGAGAAAGAUCUUGUUAAGACUGAUGUAAUUUCUGAUGAACCAAAUUCCAUCCAGACUCGCACCCAACAGCUUCAGAUUCUCCGUAAAGAUGUUACCAACAAGAAGGAUGAUAUGCUUAAGCUGGACCGAGACCUUGAGACCACAGGACAGCUGUGUAGCUCCUUGCAGAAGACCUUUCAUGAAUAUUGUCCAGAUAUUCGCCACCAAGAGUCUGAGGUCAAACGCCUAAAGAACCGCUAUGCCAACGUCAACAAUCAGCUGCUGGAGAGGUCCAUCCUGUUGCAGGACAUAGCCAAUAAGAACCAGGAUUUUCAGACCACUGUGAAAUCUUUGAAUGCCUUUUUGAUAAACAUGCCUAAUAACAAGAUUAAUCCAUAUGACAGCCUUGCUCAAAUUAAUGCCAAACAAAACUCUCAGAAGAGAGUGGUGGAGGACAUUAAGAGGAAAUCAGAUGAUGUGGACCGUGUAGUAGUUCUGUCACAAGAUCUGCAGAAACUCCUGAAUGAAUAUCAUCAAAUCACUCUGAAGAACCGCAACAAUUUAAAUGUCCCAGACUUACAUUAUGAUGAGUCCUGUGACUUAAUUGACUCUGUGCAGCAAAAGGAAAGGGAUGUUCUGAAUCUUUACUCUGAAGUGUCAGCAGAGAAUGAUCAGCUACUUCACCAAAUGUAUCUGGCCAAAAACAUCAUCAAUAAGAAUGAAGAGGUUGUGAGCCAGGUUGUAGUGAAACAGCAGAUGCAGAUGCAGAGCCAGCAGAGGAGCCUGGAUGCGGUGGAUGGCCUCAAGAGAGACCUUGAGGGUGAGAUCAGCAGACGCAUCCAUGCUGAAAAUGAUCUGGAGAUAUACACAAAGAGACUCCAAUCCCUCAGGAACAGAAGAGGGGUGGAACGUCUGGAAGAGAAGGAGAUUGUGCAAUACUACCGUGACCCCAAGCUGGAGAGGGACUUGGAGAGUCUCAAGAGUAAGGUUGGAGAUGAGUCUGUGAAAUGCUCAACAACCCACACAGAGAUUGACAUCUUCAAACAAAAGAUUGUUCGUCUGGAACGUGAACUGGCAAGUAUAGAACCCAAAAUGGUGACUAAGGUUCUCACAGAAUUUGAAAGAGACCCUCAGCUGGACAAGGAGGCUGAAAGGAUGAGAGAGGAAAUACGUAGACUGAGAGAGGAGAUCACCAUUCGGAAGUCCGAGACAGUGCACCUGCAGACCGAAAUCAGGACCUUGGAGCAGAAGAGACCUACCAUAAGGGAGAAGGUGGUUAAGAAAGAGGUUAUCAAACUGGACAAAGAUCCAGUCAUGCUGAAAGCUGUUUACACUUUCCAGAAUGAGAUCGCUGAUGAACAACUUAGAGUCAAGGCCUUGACUGAUGACAUAUUCCAGACAAGGAGCAAGAUCAACACGCUAGAGAGGAUCAUUCCCACAGUGCAGCCUAAAAUAAUAAUCAAGGAAGUCAAGAGGGUGGAGCAGGACCCUGAGCUUCUCAGUGAGUCGAAAAGGCUGCACACUAGUCUCAAUGAACAAAUGAAGGAAACCAACAUCCUACUGCAGGAGCUUGCAAAUCUCAGGCUCCACUACACUGAAGUGGAAAAACGAAGACCUAAGGUGGAGGUCAAAGAGAUAAUCAAUGAGAUCUACAGAGUGCACCCUGACACUGAAGCGGAGCUGAAGCGUCUGAGGAGAGAGCUGCAGCAGUCUAGUCAUCUUCGCACUGAUUAUGAGAUGCAGAUGGAGACAAUCACUUUAGAACUGAACAGACUGCGCUCCCAGAAGCCCAAAGUGGAGUACAAAGAGGUGACCCAGGAAGUGAUCAAAGAAGAGAGGAGCCCAGAGAUGGUCAGGGAGAUACAGCGGCUAAAUGACCAGCUCACACUCUUGAGGAGCAAGUAUGAAAGUAUCCAUAAUAAAGUCUUUAUCUUAGUCAAAGAAAGAGAUGAACUGAAGGCUGAGAAAUCAAUAGUGCACACUGAAGUUGUGAACAAAGAAAUAAUCAGGUAUGAAAAUGACCCUCUCAUCGAGAAGGAAGCUGACAGGCUCAGGAGAGAUGUCCGUGAAGAAGUCCAACAACGGCGCAGUGUUGAAGAAGCUGUAUAUGACCUACAGAAUAAAUACCUCUUGCUUGAGAGGCAAAAGCCAGAAGAAAAGAUUGUGGUUCGGGAGGUAGUACGUCUUGAGAGGGACCCGAGACAAAUCGUGGAACAUGAGAGGCUAAAACAGAAUCUGAAUCUAGAUGUGAACGCUCGCAUGAAACUGGAGAUGGAGGUGAGAGACCUGAGAGCCUUGGUUCGGGAAAAGGAGAGGAGCCUGUCAGGGGUAGACAGACAGCAGAAAAUCAUUGUGGAGACAGAGCUUAGACAGAUAAGGUCUCGCAUCCUGGAGUUAGAAAGUGCCCCACCACGUGUUGAAGAAAGAAUCGUAAUAGAGGAGGUUCUUAAAGUGGAGCGUGAACCCAAACUGGACAUGCUGAUAGAUAGCUUGCGUGUUGAUAUAGACAAGGAAGACAAUAAUAUUUCCCGCCUGGAAAGAGACAUCACAAACCUAAAAAUUAAACUGAAUAUCUUGAAAAAGGAGAAAUCAGUGGAAAAGGUUAUAUACAAGGAAGUGAUAAGAGUGGAGAAAGACUAUGCUGUGGAGUCUGAGAGAGAACAUCUCAGAGAGCAAGUGUCACAGGCAAAGCAUGCAAGACGUGAUCUGGAGGAUGAAAUACAGCGUCUAGAUACCAGACUGACCCGACUGCACACAACAAAGUCAACUACGUCUCAAGAAGAGACUAAUCUGACCCUAAGUAGAGAUGCUCUACAGCGAGAGAAGGAUCAUCUCCUGGAGGAACUGAGGAAAUUGGAGAGUGAGCGAGAGACCAUCUCCAUUACAUUCCAGCAUCAGUCAAGAUUACUCAGUGAGAGGAACCAACUGAACAAGCAUAAGAGCAUUCAACUGGAAUCUGAUACACAACGCUUGGAGAGGGAAAUCUUGGAUGAAAAGGACACUAUCCACAAGAGGGACAUUACCAUCAUGGAGUUAAAGAGUAUCCUGAAGAAUGAGGAUCAUUCUGAGACUCAUACAAGGGAAACCAAUGUUUCCACCAGAAUCUCCAUCCUUGACCCAGAGACAGGAAAAGACAUGUCACCAUACGAUGCCUAUGUGGCAGGAGUAAUUGAUAAAAACCAGUACCUGCAUUUCCAAGACCUUGAGUGUAGCUGGGAAGAGAUCACAAGCAAAGGGCCUGAUGGAGAUACCUCUGUUCUUCAGGACCGCAAAAGUGGCAAGCAGUAUUCCAUUAAAGAUGCUCUUAGGGAUGGAAGACUGACCCAGUAUGAUCUGCAGUGCUACAAGGACGGCAAAAUGACCAUAUCCGAGUUUGCACUUUUAGUAGCUGGAGAGAAGAAGCCUAAACCCUUCAGCAGUGCUUUCUCUACUUCUACACCUAAUUUGAGUUCCCUUAACAGCAUCACCAGCCCAUCGAGCUUAUACGAUAGGUCAUUAUCCAAUGGCAGUCUCAACACACUGGUGGGUACCAUUAGUGGAGACGAAAACUUCCCCAUCUCUGGUGUUGUGGAUGUCACCACAAACAGCCGCAUGUCAGUGCGCAGUGCCUUGACUCGCAAGCUGAUCGACCCAAACACAGCUCUGAGGCUCCUUGAGGCUCAAGCAGCCACUGGGGUUGUGGACCUCAACAAGAAGGACCGGUACUCUGUUCACAAGGCAGCACAGUAUGGUCUCAUAGAUAAAAGUCAGAUGCAUCAGCUGCUCAAUGCCCAAAAGGCCUUCACUGGUGUAGAAGAUCCUGUGACAAAAGACCGUCUGUCUGUGGGACAGGCCUCGCAGAAAGGUUGGAUCCCAGAGGAAAGUGCCAUGUGGUAUUUGGAAACACAGUACAGUACAGGGGGGCUAGUGAAUCCAAACAAAGCUGGGCGCAUUACUAUUGAAGAAGCAAUCCGAACAGAUAUGAUUGAUAAGCAUACAGCAAAGGAGGUUCAGGAUGAAGGAAAACACCUAAAGCAUUUGGUGGACCCCAUAACAAAGAAAAAGCUCACCUUCAAGGAGGCUCUGCUUCGUUGCAAGAAGGAUCAAAUCACUGGACUUCUACUCCUACCUGCUGCUUCGAGUGAUAGUGUAGACAGUGCUCCCUCUUAUUCAAACUAUAAUUUCUCCCCUUCUCUUUCUCGUGUGUAGGCUAUGCAGAGGCACCUUGUAGAUUUGCCAGCAGCAAGCCAUUUUAACAAGUUUAGGGGGUUAUAACAUAGCACUUACUCAAUUAUCUUUUACAUCUAUGUCAGAAUAGCCUUUAAGCUUUUGGUUGGAAUAGACACAAACUACUAUGUUAUUCAUAGAACUUGGAACUAUAGGUUGGGGCUUCUGGGUCUUCAAUUAUCUAUCCAAAUUAAAUAUAUCUGGAUUUGUCUUACAUUUUCUGUCUUACCUGUGUGAUAUUUUAUUUCAGUGUUAUUUUUGGUUGUUACUGUUUGACAUAUUAAAACAACUCCUAAUAGUUGAA